CGGCCGAGCGAGCCCCACUCUCCGGCGAGCGGCUUCCCACCGCUGAUUGUGGAGCUGAGGCCGGCUGCAAUGGGAAGCGGCGGCGGAGGGAACAAAGUUUGCAAUAUUCGGCCGCUGGGCUGCUCGCGGCCGUGAUGCCCGAGCCAGGAACCGGUGCCUAAAAGCAGCGGGCAGCCCGCCGGUUGGCACGCCUUGCGGGCUGCUGUCGCCACGGCUAUCGCAAAGUUUCAGCUAUUUGAAUGUACUAAAAUCCAGGAUUCUAAUUAUCAACCCUCCCCACCCCCAUCUCUCCUUCUAGGAUUUUUGGAGCUAUAUGGAGCGAUCUCAGGAUGGUGUGCACCAGGAAAACCAAAACUUUAGUGUCCACUUGCGUGAUUUUGAGUGGAAUGACUAACAUCAUCUGCCUGCUGUACGUGGGCUGGGUCACCAACUACAUUGCCAGUGUUUAUGUGAAAGUGCAGGAGCCGAUCUCGGAAAAAAAGUUAGAGGAAGACAAAGGGGACACUUUAAGGAUUAUAGAAAGGCUGGACCAUUUGGAAAAUGUCAUCAAGCAGCACAUACAAGAAGCUCCACCAAAACUGGAAGAAAAUCCUGCUGAGGCAUUUACCGACUCAUCUCUCUUUGCUCACUGGGGCCAGGGUCUCAGUCCUGAAAACAGACGUAUUGCACUUAAACAAUUUCAGUAUUACGGCUACAACGCUUACCUGAGUGAUCGCCUGCCACUGGACAGGCCCCUGCCUGACCUUAGACCUAAUGGGUGCAGAAACCUAACAUUUCCUGACAGACUUCCAGAGGUCAGCAUUGUAUUCAUAUUUGUUAACGAAGCUCUCUCAGUGAUUCUGCGCUCUAUUCAUUCUGCCAUUGACCGGACUCCUGCUCACCUGCUCAAAGAGAUUAUUUUAGUUGAUGAUAACAGUAAUAAUGAAGAACUCAAGGAGAAACUAAAGAAGUAUGUUGAUGAAGUGAAUGCUCGGAAGCCUGGUUUCAUCAAGGUUGUUCGACACAGCAAACAAGAGGGGCUGAUUCGAUCUCGAGUUAGUGGAUGGAGAGUAGCCACAGCACCAGUAGUUGCUCUCUUUGAUGCCCAUGUGGAAUUCAAUGUGGGAUGGGCUGAACCAGUGCUCACUAGGAUAAAGGAAAACAGAAAAAGGGUCAUUUCUCCAUCAUUUGAUAACAUUAAGUAUGAUAAUUUUGAAAUAGAAGAAUAUCCCCUUUCAGCACAAGGGUUUGACUGGGAGCUAUGGUGCCGCUAUCUGAACCCUCCUAAGUCGUGGUGGAAACUGGAGAACACAACUGCUCCAAUAAGAAGUCCUGCGUUGAUUGGGUGCUUCAUAGUAGACAGAGAAUAUUUCCAAGAGAUUGGCUUACUAGAUGAAGGCAUGGAAGUAUAUGGAGGGGAGAAUGUGGAGCUCGGAAUCAGGGUGUGGCAGUGUGGAGGGAGUGUUGAAGUUCUACCUUGCUCAAGGAUUGCCCACAUUGAAAGAGCACAUAAACCGUACACAGAAGAUCUAACUGCUCAUGUCCGGAGAAACGCACUAAGGGUGGCUGAAGUCUGGAUGGAUGAAUUUAAGAGCCAUGUCUAUAUGGCAUGGAACAUACCCCAGGAGGACUCUGGAAUUGAUAUUGGUGAUAUUUCUGAGAGGAAGGCCCUGAGGAAGAAGCUCCAAUGCAAGACCUUUAGGUGGUAUCUUGUCAGUGUGUAUCCAGAAAUGAGAAUGUAUUCAGAUACUGUCGCCUAUGGGGUGCUGCAGAAUUCCUUGAAAAGUGAUUUGUGCCUUGAUCAAGGGCCAGACACAGAGAAUAUCCCAAUCAUGUAUAUCUGCCAUGGAAUGACACCACAGAAUGUUUAUUACACAAGCAAUCAGCAGCUCCAUGUGGGUGUUCUGAGUCCCACUAUUGACGAUGAUGACAACAGAUGCCUGGUGGAUGUGAACAGCAGGCCCAGGCUCAUUGAAUGCAAUUAUGCCAAAGCCAAGAGAAUGAAGCUUUACUGGCAGUUUACUCAGGUAAUCUUAUUAGUGCUCAAGAGAGUCCAGAGAAGGGCAACAAAGCUGGUGAGGGGUCUGGAGAACAAGUCUUACGAGGAGCGGCUGAGGGAGCUGGGGUUGUUCAGCCUGGAGAAGAGGAGGCUCAGGGGCAACCUUAUCGCUCUCUAUAGGGAGGUCCAAUCCAGAACCGAAAAUCCAAGCGUUGCCUGGAAUUGCAGGAAAACAAUGAAAAUGAAUUUGGAUUUCAACUUGUCCUACAGAAAUGCACUGGACAGCGCUGGUCUAUAACAAAUGUCUUGAAAAGCUUGUCAUCAUAGCAGACUAAUUUUUUUUUACCCAUUUCUCUUGCUACUGUGUAGCAAAUACUGCAUUGUUGCCUGCUGUACUGUAUUUCCUAUCUCCCUCUCCUUCCCAGUUCCUUCUCUCCCCUCCUUUCUAUCCCUUUGAUUUUAUUUUGUGAGUGUGUGGAAAUUGGGUUUGUGGGCUGAAAAUAGACAUUUUUAUUUUACAAAUAUGUUUUCUUGGCAUUUUAGAGGUGUUGAAUGAUAGGUGAUGGGUAGGCUAUCCUAAAAUAUUUUACAACUGUAAAUAGAAAACAAAUGGAGAAUAUUUAUAACUCAAACUUUUAUUGAAUAAAAAAGUCCAAACACUA